AUGACACCACAUGCACACCUACCCACUAGGGGAUCAGAGCUGGCUGUGCGAUAUGACUUAUAUAGUGCAUUCGCAUAUGAAGUUCCAGAAGGUGGUAGGCAAAAGGUGUUAACUGAUCUCCAGGUAAGGGUACCCACGGGUGGGUACUAUGCACGCAUAGUGCCACGGUCAGGAUUAGCCUCCAAUCAUGGAAUCCAGAUAGGGGCAGGAGUGGUGGAUGAAGAUUACACUGGUAUCAUUUGGGUAAUUCUUUUUAACAUGGGGAGUGAGGUUUUCUCCAUUAAAGAAGGGGAUAGGAUUGCACAGCUAAUAUGCGAAAAGAUUGGUCUUCCACAGGUGGAGGAAGUUGACGCGUUGGAUCCAACUGAGUGCGGAAGUGGAGUAAACGGGUCAACAGGCUGUGGGGAAACAGGUAAUUAA